GGCGGUGCUAGUACUUUUCCCACUUUGUCAUGCCAGCUUUUUGGGUUGCCUCAUCGCUCCACAGAGGCAUUAAGGUUAGGUUUUUUAAAAAAGGAAGUGCACAAGUGUCUCGGAGCUAUACGAGAGACAGCCACACCUGACUGGACGAGGCCCUCCUCCGUAACCCCCUUUUAACCGAUAAAAUGGCAGAAGACCUGUGGAAGAAAGAAUACGACUUUGCCGUUGAAGUGGCGAGAAAAGCUGGAGCAGUCAUCCGAGAAGCCGGGGAGAAGGAAAUAAAGGUCUGCACCAAGAGCUCCACUGUGGACCUUGUCACCAAGACCGAUGAGAGGGUGGAGAAGAUCAUCAUCGGGUCUCUUAAGCAGGAAUUCGGAGAAGGCACGCACUGCUUCAUCGGAGAGGAGUCGGUCGCGAAGGGAGAGCCGUGCAUCUUAACCGACAAGCCCACGUGGAUCAUAGACCCUGUGGACGGCACCACGAACUUUGUGCACGGAUUCCCGUUUGUGGCUGUGUCGAUCGCCUUCGCUGUCAACAAGGAGCUGGAGUUCGGCGUGGUGUACAGCUGCUUGGAGGACAAGAUGUAUAAAGCAAGGAGGGGGAAGGGAGCUUUCUGCGACGAUGAUCGGAUCACUGUGUCCGACGUGGAAGAAAUCAAGAAGUCUAUUAUCAUCUCCGAACACGGGACUGACAGAAGCCCGGAGAAAGUACAGAAGAUCUUCUCUACCAUGCAGAAGAUCCUCUGCAUCCCAGUACACGGGCUCCGUGGAUCUGGGACCGCUGCCACCAACAUGUGUCUGGUGGCGUGCGGGGCGGUGGAGGCCUUCUUUGAGAUCGGGAUCCACUGCUGGGACAUUGCUGCUGGGGCGGUUAUCGUCAAAGAAGCCGGAGGAAUACUACUAGAUGUCGACGGUGGGCCGUUCGAUUUGAUGUCCCGGAGGAUGGUUUCGGCAAACAACAAGAAAAUUGCUGAUCGGAUCAUCAAGGAAAUUGAAAUAUUCCCAGCGGAGAGGGACGACGCUCCGAUCCAGAAGAAAUGAGAAUACACAAAUGCGUUUCAAAUGAGUCCCAGAAGAAAAGUGCACUCUGUUGUUUCUGUCCGUUAUGAAUAAAGUUACUGUGCUGUAAUCACAGCUGAUUGUCUA